ACCCCCUCGGCGUUACGUAGCACUCUGACGCAUCAAUGCCCGAUCCCCUAGCCACUGCCUACACCACUUCGUCUCCCUCUCUAGCCGAGACCCGAGACACCAGAGCACCGAGCACGCGCGCUUCGCCGGAGCGCCAGUCAGACAAGAAGCCGCGCAACGGCAUUGCCCCCGAGCGGCCGGCCGGCCGACCGAUGAAGCCGCUGUACCUGCGGAGCAGCGGCAGCUUCAAGAGGCUGCUGCUCUCCCUCUCGCCCCACCGCGCCAAGCGCGUCCACGCGCCCCCCGACGUAGAGCACCCGAGCGCGCAGGCGGAGGCAGCGUCGCCGCCGCACGAACGGAAUCCCGAGUGGGAGUGCUUCUCGUACGAGGAGGUCCGGCGCGCCACGGGCGGCUUCCGCGCGGCCAACCUGGUGGGCCGGGGCGGGUCGUCGGAGGUGUACCGCGGCGAGCUGGCGGACGGGCGCGCCGUGGCGGUGAAGCGGCUCAUGGGCGCGUCCGCCUGCGAGCGCCGGGAGCGGGACUUCCUGGCGGAGCUCGGCACCGUGGGCCACGCCACGCACCCCAACGUGUGCCCGCUCCUGGGAUGCUGCGUCGACCGCGACCUGUACCUCGUCUUCGCCUUCUCCGCCCGCGGCUCCGUCUCCGCAAACCUCCACGACGGCGAGGAGGGGGCACCGGCGAUGGGGUGGGAGGCGCGGUACGGCGUGGCGGUGGGCACGGCGAGGGGGCUGGAGUACCUGCACAAGGGGUGCCGGCGGCGGAUCAUCCACAGGGACAUCAAGGCCUCCAACGUGCUGCUCACCGACGACUUCCAGCCGCAGAUCUCCGACUUCGGGCUGGCCAAGUGGCUGCCGACAGAGUGGACGCACCGGGCGAUCGCGCCGAUCGAGGGCACCUUCGGGUGCCUGGCGCCCGAGUACUACACGCGCGGCAUCGUGGACGAGAAGACGGACGUGUUCGCCUUCGGCGUCUUCCUGCUGGAGCUCAUGGCCGGCCGGAAGCCGGUGGACGGCACCCACAGGAGCCUCCUCGGCUGGGCGAGGCCUUUGCUCAACGAGGGCAAGACGGAGGCGCUGCUGGAUCCGAGGAUCGUCGCCGGCAAUGGCGGCUACGACGCCGAGCAGGCCCGGCGGCUGGCGUUCGUGGCGUCGCUGUGCGUUCGCGCGUCGGCGACGUGGAGGCCGUCCAUGACCGAGGUUCUGGAGCUGCUGGAGGGCGUGGAGAUCAAGGAGGAGCGGUGGGCGAUGCCGGAGCCGGCGGCCGGGGACGACGAGGGGGAGGAAAUGUGGGGCUUCGACGACCUCGACGACGACGACGAAGACGAGGAAUCCGGCACGCCGUCCCCUUUGUCAACGUCCUCAGCCUCGAGCGCUUAGCACAGGCCAGGCUAAGAUUAUGUGAGACGACCGUGAUGCUUGCUGAAAAUUUUGCUCCUUCCCACCUGCCCCACCAGGCCGGGCCCCACAUUGUAAAUGACACCACAAAGGCUUUUCGUUGUCGAGGUUGUGAAUACAAAGGUUAUCUGUGAAAGGCAAGUGAAACCUCCCCCGUGUGUCGACGGACCAUGACACGACGAGAAAAGAAGGUGCUUGCGUGCAAUACGUAAUGCAAAGCGGACUGAGGGUUUUGUCGGGCACGGCAUAGGGAAAGAGACCGACCGACCGACCUGCCUGACCUACCAAGAGUAGUACUACCUGGCUGGCUGGCUGCUCCGGUUGGGUUGGGUACGUGGAUUCCAGUUGUAUGGACGCAUGCAGUUGGUUCGUUGUUGCCAGGUGUACGUGCCGCUUUCAUCGCUCUGGAGAAGUGCAUUCGUGUCCACGACACGCGGUGCAGCGCCGUGGCAUUGCGGCACGGCAGUUCGGGGCAGGUUGAGCUGUGACCCUGGCUCCUUGCACACCUCUUGGACCCCGGAAUGAAGCGGCAUGCUCCUCAUAAAAGGCGAGGGAAACAGGGACCGAUCGAUCAUGUGGCCGUGAGUGUGGGCAAGUGCAGAUG